AUGGCGCAUCUCCCUUCUACGGAACCUGGCGAUUCAGACCGGAGCCUCGAUCAGCCAGACCUCAGUGCACCACCACGUAUAAUCCUCCACACCCGGCCCGAGCUCUCAUUCUCGACCCCGACACACUCGAUACAUGUUCAGCUGGCCCUGGAGUCAGACUCUGACGCGCGAGAUGAGGCGUCUGGAACAGCUGUGGUUUCCCGGAAUCGCGACGCGUCCAACGCGCAGCAACAAACACAUCCGAUAGACCCGAACUUCCUCUGUGCUAUACCCUCAUUAACUGAGGCGGAGCAGCUGCAGAAAGCGGAACGCCGUAGGAAGCGCGCGGCCAUGAAGAAGCUGAGGGCGAAGGUUGCGAAAGUCGAAACUUACGUCGGAGGGCUCGCGACAAGUUUCGAUCAGCUCAUGAACCUGGUACAAUCCAUACUUGCCCGCCUUAGCACCCCUCUCGGACCGCAGGACAUCGCACCGCCCGCCCCUACCUCCGAAUCACCCGCCCCUGCCCCUACCCCCGAAUCACCCGUCCCUGCCCCUACCUCCGGUUCACCCGCCCCCACCCCAGCUCCCGCUCCAGUGCAGGUUUUUCUUGCAUCCAUCACCGCCGACCUCAUCAAAGCUGGAGUAUGCUUGCAGGGCAUGAAGGUGACUAUCGAGGAGACCGAAACAGCGCUGGACGAGAUCGAAGCCGUCAUUGAGGAGAUCAGGGUCAACGGAGUGGAGGUCGAGGUGGUGGACGUCCGCGGCACCCGGACGAGCGUCUUAUCGAUCAAGGCGAGGCUUGGUGGCUUGGAGGGGAUGAUCCCGCUACUCGUUGCUGCCAGCAUGGGAGUCGGAGCCCCAGCUGCGGUAGCAUGA